CACCUGGCACUAAGUUCUCUUUGAAUAAUUUUUUAUUUUUUGAAGACAAUCUUUAUUUUAUCCAAAACAAAUUUUAAUAAAAAAAUAAAAUAACCAUUGCGUUUCAAUUCACGUGAUCGAGUUCGUUAGAUCCACGCUUCAAUUCACUCUUCUGCUUUCAUUCACAUGAUGGUGCGAGUGCGAGAAGCUGCGAUUGCGAGUGUGAUUGCAACUGCGAUUGUGACUGUGAUUGCGAGUUCCAGUUCGAUUGCGAGUGUGAUUUCGAGUUUGUUAGGGUUUCAAUUCAUCUUCUACUUCCAUUUCUCUUAUUGAGUGAGCCAAAACAACAUCAAUCGUCAAUUUCACUUGCGUCUGGUUGCGUUUUUGGUGAUUUUUCUACUGUUGAGGGAUUUGCAGAGAAGUUGUUUGAAGAAAGGCAUCACUGGUCUCUUCAGGUUCAUUCCUUUUGGAAAUUUAUUGUUCAGAAAACCAAAGAUGAUGAAGAAGGAUUGAGUUGACUUGCCUCGAUAUAGUGAAGAUUAUAUUGCUGGUGUUAGACACUUUUUGGAGGUUGCAUUUACUAAAGGCAGGUUUGAAGGAGAAGAAAUUUUGUGCCCCUGUGCUGUGUGUUGUAAUGAUAGUUGGGAAAAAAAGAUGUAGUGUUUGAUCAUUUGGUAAGCAAGGGAUUUGUAGAAGGAUACACAAAUUGGAUUUACCAUGGUGAAGACAUAACUGAUAUGGAUCUAGAUAGCGAUACUGAUGGUAAUGACUCUUUUGAUGAUAUUGAUGCCUUAUUGGUUGAGACAUUUAAGGAUGUGGCUGAAGCUGGUAGAGUGCAUGAAGGCCUCAAUGAAGAUGCAAAGAAAUUUUAUAACCUAGUUGAAGAUGCAAAUCAAGAGUUGUAUCCUGGUUGUAAAAAAAUUUCCACUUUAUCGUUCACUAUUCGAAUAUAUCUCCUAAAAUCUCUCUACGGAUGGAGCAUUGCAUCGUUCACUGCUAACCUGGAGUUAUUGAAAGAAGCUAUUCCAGAUUUGAACAUCCCUAUCUCUUUCAAUAAAACAAAAUCUAUGAUAAGAAACUUGGGCUUAGACUACAAAAAGAUUGAUGCAUGCCCCAACAAUUGCAUGCCGUUUUGGAAAGAGCAUGUAAAUUCUGACUCAUGUCAUAAUUGUGGAGCCUCAAGGUGGGUUGAUUUUCCUGAAGUGGAUCAUGGCCUUGAAGAAUCUACAAAAGCUCACAAAGUUCCUAUCAAAGUGCUAAGACAUUUUCCUUUAAUUCCGCGACUGAAAAGACUUUUUAUGUGUUCAAAGACAGCUAAUUCCUUGAGGUGGCAUGCAGAAGAGCGUUCAAGGGAUGGUAAGUUAAGGCAUCCUGCUGAUGGCCAAACAUGGAAAGACUUUGACUCAGCAUCAAGAAUUUGCUCGUGAUACUCGUAAUAUUAGGCUUGGGUUGGCCAGUGAUGGGUUCAAUCUGUUUAGAAAUAUGAGUUUAUCAUAUAGCACAUGGCCUGUGGUUUUAACAAUAUAUAAUUAUCCUCCAGAUUUGUGUUUGAAGGCAGAAAAUUGUAUGAUGUCAUUACUUAUUCCCGGACCACGAUCUCCUGGAAAUGCAAUUGAUGUCUAUCUACAGCCACUCAUUGAGGAGCUAAAGUUGUUGUGGGAUGUAGGGGUAGAUACAUAUGAUAUUUCUAGAAAUCAAACAUUUAAAUUGCAUGCAUCUCUUUUAUGGACUGUUAAUGACUACCUUGUAUACGCUAUGUUAUCUGGUUGGAGGACUAAAGGGAAGUUGGCCUGCCCUGCCCUGCAUGUAAUUAUGCAACUUCUUCUACUUACUUAAAACCUAGCAGGAAGAUGUGCUAUAUGGGGCAUCGAGUCUUUUUAGAUUCAAAUCAUGAGUGGAGGUCAAAAACAGACGCAUUCAAUGGAAAGACGGAAUAUAGGACUGCACCCUCCUUGUUAGAUGCAAAUACCAUUUUAGAAGACUUACAAGGCAUCCUCGAUGUAUUAGGGAAGAAUAAGAAGAGAAAGAGAGAUGGUCCAUGGAGAAAAAAAAUCUGUCCCUGAGGAAUAACCAUUUGUUGAGGUGGCAAGGGCGUGGGAUUCAUGUGGGUAGAGCUGGAAAGACUGUGUAGAGGGUAUAAGAAGGGAAAUGUGGGAAAGGGAGAUGUAUGCAGUUAUAUCUUUAGGCUUGGGCUGAGAAUUAUCAUUCUUUUUCUUUGUAUUUCCUGCUACUGAUUAUGAUUUACAUCAGAGUCCUACUCUGGUACCUAACACUCAGCAAUCCUUGUAUGUUGAAUUGCUCAAUGUAUGUCAAUUUUGAUGUCAAGAUUGUGAAACUUGUCAAUGCUUGGGAUAUGAAAAUGUUUUGAAAAAAAAUCUGAUAUAAUGUUUUAUUUUGCU